UCUUGCUGAGUCUACCAAACUUACCCAAAAUCUUAAUAAAAACACAAGGCUAUAGCCUUGAUGUUUGUAAAGAAAUUCCUUAAAUAUCAGACUUUCUUUAUUAAAUGAACCAUGUUGUGAAUUUGAAUCAAGUAAAAAUGUCAUUAACUCAGGGAGAGCUUAUUUUAGCGUUGGUUUGAAGUGUAGUUAUCUACACUCCAUAGCAUACUGUACUGCUUAACCACUUGCUGCUGGGUGGUUUGAAAAAUGCAGUGCAAGAGAAAUACACUGUACAAGACUUGUUUCAAUGCAAAUGUAACACAAAGGAACCAUCAAGUUAUCACCAAAAAUCGAACCCAAACCCAAUAAAUCAGUAGUUUUAUGCCUUGCAAACUUCUUAACCUUGGCAAGUCCUAUAUAAUGCAGCCGAAUAUAAUUCUACCAUCUUGAUCAGUAUAAAAUUGAGUUCAUCUCAUAGAUGUACACAAAAUCUCAUGGAUGAAAGCUUUACAGUAACUGCCACUUGAAGUUCGUUUCCAUCAAUUUUUUUUUUAGAGUGUUAGGGAAAAAUAAAUACCGUAUGUGUUUGCUAGCUGGAAUGAUGUACCAAAGUCCACCAAACGUGCCUCUGUCAAUACAGUCAUGAUCAGAUAACUAAAAACCUGUGUCAAUAGAUAUUUAAAAAUAAAGGUCAAAGCCACACCCAACCAUAUAAUAAUAUGAUCAGCCAACAUACUCAUGUCUGUUCAACUGUACAUGUGCACAACCACGACUCUGCCUGAAAGACAGACUGUGAAAAUACCUCUGAGGAUUGUGAAGAGGUUAUCGCGACACGGUAAUGUACUUCAGUAUGGCAACUGGUGUGACUGCAGAGUCAGUUCUGGAUUCUAUCAUCCAAGGUCAUCUGGAAUGUUCCAUCUGCCACACCCGUUACCAAGAACCCAAGAUGUUGCACUGCUCACACAGCUUUUGCCUGAAAUGCCUCCAAGAACUCAAGCAGAGCCAACAUCUGAAUGAUGACAAGGUAACAUGUCCACUGUGCCAGAGAGAGACCACCUUGCCUGAGGGUGGAGUGGAUAAGUUGAACACCAACUACACUUUGAUUUCCCUGGUGGAGGAAGUCACAAAGCAGGAACAGCUCUUGAAAUGUGAGAGGUCCAUAGUGGUCAUAUGUCAAUCAUGUGAUGAGGAGAAUGAGGCAAUUUCUCGAUGCAUGGAUUGUGAGCAAUACUUAUGUGAGAAGUGCCACAUGGCACACCUACGAUUGGCUGCUCUAAACCUCCACACAAUUACAUCAGUAACCGAGUUAAAGGAAUCUGCCUCAAGCACAGUUCCAAAAAAGGAUGCCUCUAGGUGUGAAAUUCAUCCAAGCAAGGAACUGUGCUUCUACUGCAAUACUUGUGAGAUGUUGAUUUGUAAGGCGUGUGCCACAUCAAAUCACAAAGAGCCCAUCCACAUGUAUAUUGACUUGAAAACAACUGUUGACACCUGUCUAAAGGAUGCUCGAGACAAAAUUGGAGAAGCAUACAGAGUGGAUGCAUAUGUAAACAUUUCAGGCAGUUGGAGGUCAUUGAGAGACAGAUUAGGAGUCAUGCUAGGGGAAACAAAUGAUCUCAUUUCUCAAACAGCAGAAAGGAAGAUAAGACAAAUCAGACACGAGGAGAAACAACUCAAACAAAUAGCUAAGGCAACAUACAGAAAGAAAGAUAAAACACUUGCUGAGAUGGAGGUGGCAGAGCAGACAGUGAAGAUGGUUGACAGAGAAAUAACUGAUGCAAAUCGCAGAGAAAUCUUGAAGUCCAGGGAAGACCUCCUACAUGACUUCAAAGAUGUCACUGAGGAUAGUGCCAAUGAAAUGACUAAUGAUCUCUCUUUCAUUGGUUUCAAGCAAGAUUAUGAUGAUGUUCGAUUGGGAAAAGUCCUGGACAAGGAACAGUGGAAAUUAUUUAAAACAUCUAAGAUCCUUGGAGACUUCAUUUCUACUUUUUCCACAGGUGAUAUAGUCAUUACAAACACAAGCAAUGCCAAAAUAGUUACACUUAGCCCACAACUUACAGUUCUAAAAGUAGACAAUAACACUGAAGAACUUUCCAGUAUUUCUGUAAAUGAAUUUGACCAACUCAUUACACUUUCUGGACCGCGAGUCACCGUCCUCAACAAGGAUUUCCAAUCUCUGAGCCAGUUCUCUCCAGGCAAGGAGGCGGACACUGACGGCAAACCAUCAUGCCUAGCAGUGGAUGACAACAAUCUGAUAGCAGUGGGCUACAAGGACAAGGAACAAAUCUCUCUCCACAACCCAGACGGAUCCAUCAUCAGAGCACUGCCUGCUCCAAUGAUUGACAGUUACAUGACCAUCAGCAACCAACAGAUCAUU